AUGUUCGCGUGUGAAGAAGAACCUGAAGAAUGGCGGCGUGGGACAGAACAUGUCCUGGUGUCAGAGCGAGAGCCAAAGCAAGGGCUGUCAAGUUUGAAGUGGGAACAGGUCCCAAGUCAGGUUCUUUGUCGCGGGUCGACCAAACACCUGGGUGUGGUGGGCUGGGAAGAAAACAAUGUACGAGUUUGUAGGAGAGGCAGGCGCGGAGCCGUUGGGCCCCUGUGCCUGGAGGCGGACCCGACUGUGCGCAUGUUCAGUACUGCUGGGGUGCGUCCAGUCGUCAGAGGGGUGUGGGACAUGUGGUGUAGCGUGUGUAUGUACAAGGGAGUCUGUCAAGUGGGAACAGGGCCAUGGCGGGCCAGGGCCAGCAAGCAGGGCGGGCCUCAGGAAACAAGCGGAAAACGCGUGGAUGGGAGGGCGACGGCGUUUGUCGUGUGGCAGCAAGGAGUUGGGAACACGGCGCUGUGCCCAGGCGCGGGCCGGUGCAGGCUCUUGGCCUCCGCUCCUGCUUUUCUUGUGUGCGUGGGCGCAGCUGUGCACAUUCCAUCGGAGUCGCUGCGGGCUGUGCAUCCACCGUGGCGCCCCGCCCAAUUGGGGGUAGUUUAUCGAGAGGAUAUGCUGUCAACGUGA